UCCCAGAGUUUUGGCACACUGAAAUUACCCAUUGAAGAGUUGGAUCUUUCGAACAAUCUGAUACGACGCAUACCGGAGAAAUCCUUUCUCGGCCUGAAAGAAUCACUUACCGAGUUACGCUUGGCAAAUAAUCUACUGGGCGAUAGCCUGAAUCCGAUAUUUUCCACCGCCGAAUUUCAUCCGCUGAAAAAUCUGAAAACUCUCGAUCUAUCUGGCAACAAAAUCAAAUCGAUCGAAGAGGGUCUGUUGAAAGGCUGCGUCGACUUGAAGGAUUUCUAUGUGGAUCGUAAUUGUCUAUCUGCCGUUCCAUCCAACUCGCUCAAUGGACCUAGUGCGCUGCGGCUUCUUUCUUUGCGUCACAAUCACAUAACUACACUCCGUUAUGAAGCUUUCAACGCGCAACCUGAACUGGAAAUCGUCGAUCUGCGCCACAACGAAAUCAAAACGAUCGAGGGUCUGGCAUUUCAAGGUUUACGCGCCAUACGCGAAAUCAAAUUGGCCGGAAAUCGCAUUACCAAUUUGAAUAGUGACGUUUUCGAGCAUAUACCCACUUUACAGAAAUUAGAUCUCUCCGAAAAUUUCAUACCUCAAUUCCCAACUGUGUCGCUGGCAGCAAUCGGAAAUCUAAAAUCGUUAAAUUUGUCCUCGAACAUGUUGCAGCGAUUGGAUUACAUGCACAUGCAGGUGGUUAAGUCCUUGGAGGUGUUGGAUUUGAGUCGCAAUGGCAUUACCACCAUACCGCCGGGCACAUUCCGCGAUCUGGCCGAACUCAAAUACCUCGAUCUGAGCUUGAAUUCGCUGCGGACUAUUGAAGACGACGCACUGGAGGGUCUGGAUAACCUGCAAACUCUCGUUAUACGCGACAAUAAUAUCUUACUAGUACCAGGCAGCGCAUUGGGACGCCUACCGAGCUUGACCACCUUGCAUUUGGACUUUAAUCGUGUUGCUGCCCUUUCGAGUGAGAUCUUAGGUUCCAUUCAAGCAGAGGAUAUCACCACCUUGACACUAGCGCGCAAUGUCAUACGCGAACUGCCGACUGGCAGUUUUCAAAUAUUCGCUAAUCUGCGCACACUCGAUCUAUCCGGCAAUUCGUUGGCCGUCAUUAGCGCAGACAUAUUCAUGGGCUUAGAUCAAUCACUUAAUGAAUUGAAGCUUUCACAGAACCGCAUUACAGGUUUGGGCGCAACACCGCUUGCCUUAACCGAACUGCGCAGUCUCGAUCUGAGCGGUAAUAACCUCGCUGACCUGCCACGCAAUAUCUUUCAGGGUUUAGAGAACUUACAGUAUCUUAAUCUCAGCGGUAAUCAUCAUUUAUCGCCAUUGCCGGCCGCGCUUAUACGACCACUUUCUCAUCUGCAAGUUAUCGAUUUGAGCAACUGUGCUCUCAAGCAAAUGUCGGGUGAUCUGUUUGCCACACUGCAAGAUCUAAAGCACAUCUAUCUGCACGACAAUAAUUUACAAGAAAUUAACGAUGGUAGUUUUGUCGAUCUUUGGAAUAUUACAUCAAUCGAUUUGUCAAAUAAUCAAAUCACUUCUAUCAGACCCGGCGCUUUCGUGAAUGUGAUGCAAAUCAAGCGACUCAUUCUGCGCGACAACCAGUUGUCAGCUUUUAAGGGUGAAUUCUUCAACACCGGCACUGGUUUGGAGGAACUCGACAUUUCGAAUAAUCAUCUCACCUAUCUUUUCCCUUCUUCAUUCCGCAUUCAUCCGCGCUUGCGUGAAAUCAAAGCAGCCAAUAAUAAAUUCAGUUUCUUCCCUGCCGAACUCAUUUCGACGCUGCAAUAUCUGGAGUAUGUCGACCUGUCACACAACCAACUCAAAUCGAUAGAGGAGUUGGAUUUCGCGCGUCUGCCGAGACUGCGAGCGCUGCUUGUCGCUUACAAUCAACUGGACAUGCUCAGCGAGAUGGCUUUCCACAACUCGACUCAGCUGCAAAUUGUCGAUUUGUCUUACAACAAUUUGGAUCGUAUCGGUGAACGCACAUUUGAAGGUUUAGUGCGUCUGGAGAUGCUUAAUCUCGAGGGCAAUCAAUUGACUGAACUUUCUGAUUUAAUAUUUGAGCGUUCGAAAUUGCAAAUGCUCGAAAAUAUAAACUUGGCUAAGAACAAAUUCGAUUAUGCGCCACUUAAUGCGCUGCAACGUCAAUAUUUCUUCGUCUCUUCAGUUAAUUUGAGCCAAAAUAAAAUACGAGCUAUUCCUGCUGACGACAGUAUUAUGGUAAAUAUCAAGGAUCUUGACUUGUCGUACAACCCUUUAAGCGAGGGUGCCGUUCGCAACAUACUCAACGAGCCAAAAACUGUGCGCUCACUCAACUUAGCCGGCACUAGUAUUGCUCAUCUUGAGCCAUUGGAGACGCCUUUCCUGCAAUAUUUGAAUCUCUCCCAUAAUAACCUCAAAACCAUCGAUGCUGAAAUCUUUCAACGCACAACACUACUUGAAACGUUGGAUCUGUCAGAUAAUGACUUAGAGAGCUUAAACGAACUGGCAGAUGCCUGGCCAAAACUGCAGUCACUACAUACUUUGGAUCUUUCGAAUAACAGCUUUGAGGUUAUCUCACAAGAUAAUUUCGAAAGCUUAGACAUGCUUCGCGUGUUGCGACUCAAAAGUUUGACACAAGUUAAUCGCAUCGAGAAGAAUGCUUUUAAACAUAUGCCAAAUUUAGAGAAACUCGAGGCGUAUGAUUUACCUUUGCUGGGCUACCUCGACGUUCAAGGAAUACUCGAGCUAUUACCUGGGCUUGAAGAUAUCGACUUAGAAAUAAAAGAUUCAACUAUAGGCACCGAACAAAUACAACCCGCUAAGCAUCCAAGACUUAAAACAAUCGGUAUACGCGGAGAUCGUCUAAAGACUAUCUCCUCUGGCACGUUAGCUGGCUUAAAAAGCAGUGACCUCACCAUUAAACUGCAAAACACAUCUCUUACAACGCUGCCACCAGCCUUACUGUUCCCUGUGCCACGCUCUUCACACCUAAACCUCGACAUUACUGGCUCCAAAGUUACCGUAUUGGUGCCACAAUUUCUUACUGCACUCGAAGAUCGCCGCUCCAGUUUACAACUAAAAGGACUUGCCACAAAUCCCAUACACUGUGACUGUAAUGCACGUGCGCUACGCCGCUGGUUACCCAACUCACAUAUGACUGAUGUAGAGUGUCAAUCGCCUGCCUUCCUGGAGGGUAAGAAGCUCAUCGAAGUCGGCGAUGACGAAUUGACGUGUGAUCCACGACGCAUGACGUCCACAACGGCGCGCAGCACCUCACAAUAUAUGUUGAAAUCAUCGUCGGGUCUGGUUACACGCCCCACCACCACCACCACCGAGGAACCAAUGAUCAUCUGGAGCUUGGAGCCCACACAAGCGCCACCGAUGAAAAUCAAAACCAAAGCACCACUGAUGAAGGCGCCCAUUAUGAGUAACGACGAUACACUUAUUAUUGGUAUAGUUGGGGGUGUGGUGGCCUUCAUAGCCAUACUUAUCAUCAUCAUCUGCAUAGUGCGUUUACGCAUGAGCAACGUGGAAUAUCACAAUGGACCGGCUAUGAUCGGUAUACCGCCAAUGCCAAUGGGUCCGGGUAGUGUGCCAAUAAAUUUCAAGGGUGCACCUACGGCACUGUACGCCGUUCCACCAUACGCUACACAAAGUUAUGCAACUCUGCCACAUAAAGCACCGUCCAUACACCAAUCUACACAGAAUCUGUCGCAACGCGCCGCCGCACAAAAUGGACAGAACUCAUACUCGACUAUGUCGCGCAUGUCGUACUUUGGUGGCACGCAGCAACAAGCCUCACCGCAGUCUAAUGGCCAACAGCCGUACAUUAUCUAUUCAGAUGACAAAGUUUAUAGAUAAGGUUCUAAAGGGUCAAUAUGGCGGUGCAAGCAAUAUAACUUGGUGUUCAAUCAGUGCUGGGUGGUCAUACCGCCGAAAGCAUAUAUACAUACAAAUAUUAUAUAUAUAUAAAUAUAUAUACAUAUAUAUAAACUUUCAGUCAGUUGUGUAACAUUUACGCAACGUGUUUAUAAUAUUUCGUUUAAUUAUAUUUUAUUUUAUUUUAUUCAUUACAAUUUUUAUUUAUUUUUUUUUAAUUUUUUCUUAUACAAAGCUAACUUUAACAUUUAAGCGUGGGCAAGUUUUAAGCUUGUCACCUAGCGUUUAAAAUAUUAUUAUUAUUAUCAUCGUAGUCUUAAGGAGGAAUAUUGAACCCAGUUUACCGUAUCUAACAGUAAUAAAUGCAAUUCGGUUCUUUGUCUAUUAUUUAUAGUCAAUUUAAAGCACACAUUUUAAUUUAAUAGCGUAUACCGGGUGGUACAUUUACUUGAUGGAUAUUUCUUGUUUACAAAUUUAAACAAAAUUGAUUUUUUCAUUGUUUAAGAAUCAAUAUUGAAGUAACUUAUUUAUGUGGCUGCCUUGAAAGCGAUUAAAGCAGUACACUUUGUCUUCCAAGAUAUUAAUUUAGUACUGGCGUUGUUAUUACUUAAGCGUAACAGUUGUCACUAUCAAAACACAAUAGCUGACUAAGGCAAAUACACGUUAUGGACCACCCUAUACACUUAUAUUUCAUUAUUCGAGACUAAAUAAAUAUAUGUAUGACAUUACACCGUUAUAGCGAAUAUUAUAAUAGCUCUCAAAGUGAAAUAAAAUAAAUAUAGUUUUUAGUAUUCGUUAAGGGUUUCUGAUGUGUAAUAUUUAAAUCCGUUGAUUCUAUUGUUUAAAGAGCUGCGUAAAAAUAUUAUACAAUUGUAAAUAGUUCAAGGCUGCUAUAUUGAGCAGUAUACGUUAAUUUGUGAAACUUACAGUAAAAUCCCUCUUUUCUAGCGAGAUUGUAAAACUUCAAAGUGAACUAAUAUUUCGUAUAAGUAAAUUAAAUAUGAAAUAUCUUAGAUUAAGUGAUCACUGUAUAGUAAAUAACGAAAAUUUUAAAUAAAUAACAAUUAAAAAAUACCAAAA